CUUAAAGCCCUACGGUGUUCACUAAGAUUUUACUCCCAAGAAACAUGUACAAGAGUAAAAUCUAUGGGGUGGGGGCCGGGCUGAGGGCGAAUUUGAGGCUGGCCUGUGUUAACGGAUCUGUUCUUGUUAAUGCCCGUUUUCCAGUUGUAGAGUCGAAUAAGGUUAGAAUAGUUGGAAGAAGAGAUUUUGAAAUCUUGCGCUUUUAAUGCACAGAGAUUGUGUACGCUGGAGGCGUCUUACCGGGCCGCAGGCACUAGUUUGGUUAAGGGACGCAUUUGUUUGUUUAGUUGGCAGCUGCACUUCCAGGCUUGUUUACUUAAGUCUUUUAAAUGUGCGUAACUGGAUGAGGAAGGAUUGCGGCGUGGAAAGACUUCUCUUGCGCCUUACUUACCAAAAUUAUUAAAACCUGUAUUCGACCCCAAUCUUCGAGCAUGCAAGCAGAAACACAAUUUCUCGAGAGUAACGGGACUCUCGGAUCAUACCGCUGCAGGGCUGCAAACGUUCGGCCAAAUUGACCGGAGGCUCGGACCUCCUCUUGCCCGCAAGGCCACAUAAAGCACGUGCUCAUUUGUAAAAAAGAGAAGAGCAGCGGCGGGUUCACGGUUCAUUUGGCUUUCUUCUUCCUACGGCUGGUACGAGAAUCGGUCGCUGCCGGGAGACAGUUGAAACAUCCCCCGCCCCUGUGCGGUCCUCCCCUCCGAAGGCCACCCCACCAGCUGGCGUCUGCCUGACAAAGCCGGCACGCCUCCCCUCCCCCUCCUUUUAAGGUGGGGGGUGAUGGAAGACCCCGAAGGGGCGGAUUGGCGAGGGGGUUAGCCGCAGAGCGGCAGCCCGAAAACUUGAUGGGUGUUGCGGCGACAAGAGAAUGUGGGCGGGUGGCGAGAGAAAGGAACUGAUGUUCUCGCCUUGCUCGAGGCGGCGGCGGCGGCUCCUCCCACGACGGGAAAGGAACAAUUUGUUGACUGAACGGGUCUUGUUCGCGCUGCGCGCGCGCGCCUUUCUUGUGCGUGGGGCCCGCCUCUUUCCCUCCCACCGCCGCGCGAAAGGCCGGCUCCAGGCGGGGCCCGCCGCUUUGUCUUCCUGGCACUGGUCCUUAUUAAGCUUUCUCUAAGCCUUCGCCGGGGGCUCCUUAACUGGGCUGCAACCUUUAUUCUCCUCGGCCCGUCGGGCAUGUCUUAAAUAGUGGGAGCCGGAGUCCUAACUAAUUUGGGAAACCUCGGCUUAGAGGAGAACUUAACGCUCCCGAAAUUGCCUUCCUCCAAAGAGCGCGCCUCUCCCAGCUUCUCUCUCUCUUUCUCCGCCUGGGUGGAGAAAAUAAAACCCACUAAACUUAGUGGGCGGGCGCGUGAGAUGAGAAAAGAGCGAGAGGCCACCCUUGACGGAGACGGCGCCGGGGAGUUUUCCAGCCCUGCAAAGAAAGGGCGAGACAGGCAGGAGAGCGCCCUCAACUCUCCACGCGCGUGUUGCGCACGCUCCGCUGUUACCCUCGGAUCAGGCGCGCGAAUAGCCUUGGCGAAGAAAGGCGGGAAGGGAAGGGAAGGGCCCACAGAUAAGGGGAGGGGGAAAAGAAUACGCAGUCGGAGAAAGACGAAGUAUAAAGGGAGGCCCUCCUUUCCCUCGCAGGAAACUCUGGAGGCUUCGCAUGCUGGCGUUGGCUGAAGCCAGUCAGAAACGGGGAAGUGCAUUGAGCGAAGCCUUUUGUUCGCUUCAAGAGACGGUGAAGAGAAAAUUAGAAGGAGCACGAUCACCCCUCAACGGAGAACAGCAGAAUGGUGUCUGUGACAGAAGCUUCUCUCCAACUAAUAAGCGGAUACGGAAAGAUGUACCUGGGAUUGAGAGAGUCAAUAGUUUGCCAAACAGUUUGCCUUUGUCUUCUAUUUCUCCUCUUCACCAGCUUGACCUAAAGCCAUCUUUGCCCCUACAAAACAGUGGAACUCAUGAGGGUACCCUGGAAGACCUAGGUAAAAAUGGUGGACUUUCUGACCUAAAACUCCCAAUCAAUGGAUGUACCGAGCUUGAAGAUAGUUUUAACAUUCUGCACAACAAUAGUAGCAGCAACAAAGAACUGAAACAAGAACCCUUGGAUGAUCCCAACUGCACUGACAAUUCUGACACAUCCCUUUCCAAUCAGAAUAAACUCUUUUCAGACAUUAACCUGAAUGAUCAGGAGUGGCAGGAAUUAAUAGAUGAGCUAGCUAACACUGUUCCAGAAGAUGAUAUACAAGAUUUGUUCAAUGAAGAUUUUGAAGAGAAAAAGGAACCUGAAUUUCCGAGACCAGCCACUGAGAUUCAGGAGAUUGCCAGUGUUAAAAGUGAUCCAUGUCACUCUCCAUUUGCUCACUUACCAACAGGCUCUCCCCAGGUAAGACCGUCAUCAUCAGGGCCUCCAUUUUCAAAUAUCCCUACGGGUUCCAGUCUCUCUUCAGGCUCUAAUUGUCCUCCGGCUCCAAGCCUGGAUAGUUCACUAGCAAACUGUGUGGUUCAGUCCCCUCAGACUCCCAACCAAGCACAUCCUUCAAACCAAACUCAGUCACGACCAGGCAAUAGUUUCCACAUGAAUCCAACGACAGUGACAACAGCAGGCCCAGGGCCUAGCCAAGUAACUGUGACUAGCACUGACUUGUCUCCAGCUGAGCAGUUGAAGCAGAUGGCAGCCCAGCAGCAACAGCGGGCUAAGCUGAUGCAGCAGAAACAGCAACCGCCGCCACAGCAUCCAAACCAAGUAUCUAGCUGGUCGCCAGUGGGGCCUCCAUCUAGUCCUUAUGGAGGACCUUUCAGUACAGAUAAACCAAAUAGCCCGAUGAUGUACCCCCAAGCCUUUAACAACCAAAAUCCUGCAGUGCCUCCCACGGCAAACAACUCACAAAAGACUGCAAUAAAUAACUACCUCCCUCAAAACCAUAUCAAUAUGAUUAGUCAGCAGCCAAAUAAUCUGGGUACAACCUCUUUGAGCAAACAAGGCAAUAUGCUUUCUUAUGGCAACACUAAACCUCUGUCUCAUUUCAAUGCCGAUCUUAGUCAAAGGAUGACUCCACCAAUGUCCAAUUCCAACAAGAGUCCUAUGAUGCCCUAUAUGCAGCAACAACAGCAACAGAUUCCUCAACAGCCACCAAUUCAGACUCAAAUGACACCUUUGAGUGAGGAGCAGAAGCGCAUGCUUAUUUUGAAGCAGAAAGGAAUGAUGAACCAGCCAGUAGCUUAUGGAACUCUUCCAUCUCUAGGUCAGGACCAGCACACUGUGGCAUUGUCUCGAUCGACAGGUCCCAUGCAGUCCUCUGUACCCUCAGGACCCAGUAAUGUGGGCACAAAUCCUGGCAAUGCCAAUUUCUUGAGCAAUCAACCUCAAGCAGCCAUUAUGAAGCAGAUGCUGAUUGAGCAAAGGGCUCAACUCCAUAUGAUAGAGCAGCAGAAGCAACAGUUUCUUCUAAGGGAGCAACGGCAGCAGCAGCACAUCUUGGCGGAACAACAUUUACAGCAGCAGUCACAUUUGCCUCGGCAGCACUUUCAGCAACAGCAGCGAAAUCCUUAUCCAGUCCAACCAGUCACUCAGUUUCCAGGUUCUCCACAAGACAUAGCUGCAGUAAGAAAUCAGACUGCCCUUCAGAGCAUGAGGACUUCCCGAAUGAUACCUCAGAAUGCUAGCAUGAUGUCUUUGGGGGCCUCUCAGAACACUGCAGCAAUCUCUGCAACUGGUAGUCAGCCUGAGAUGGGAAUGACUCCUUACAGCAGCCCAGUGACUGGCCAGCCAGGAAUGUACAGUAUGAACUCUGGAAUGAGCCAAAUGUUGCAGCACCCAAACCAAAAUAGUAUAAAUAUAACACACAAUCCAAGUCAGGGGCCAAGGCAGUCCAGCUCAACACAGGGAGUUGGCAUAGUCAGCAGCUUUGGUCCAAAUGUUUUAGUAAACUCUACUGUAGCUCAACAACAUCAGCAAAUGAAAGGACCCGUGGGACAAGUUUUGACCAGAUCACAAGCCCCCAGGCUUCAAAAUAUGAUGGGGCCAGUCCCACAAGGAACAGCAAACUGGCAGGCAAGAGGACUACAAGGUAUUCCUGGAAGGACUAGCAAUGAAAUUGGAUCUUUCAAUAAUGGAUCUGCUUACUCAAUGCAAUCAAGUCAGCCAAGGCUGCCUAAGCAACAUUUUCCUCAAAGUAUUGGUCAAUCUAUUAUGGACACAAAUGGAGCAGUACGGACACUGAACUCAGGUGUAGGGAGACAGAUGUUGCAACAACUCACUGGACAACAAGGAACCAAUAACCAAUCCAGAUCAAUGGUUAUGCCUACAAUAAGUCAGGCAGUUUCUUCUCUAACUGGUUUUAAUCAGUCUCCUGCACAACAAAUACCAGGAAGUAGCUUCAAUCAGAGCAGCCAAGGUCAGAUCUAUGAGAGGAAUCCCACUCAAGACAUAUCUUACAGCUAUAGCAGUGAAGGAACUGGAGGGUCCUUUCCAAAUAUAAGUGAAAACACCGAUCUUGUAGACUCCAUCAUUAAAAGUGGUCCAGGAGAUGAAUGGAUACAAGAACUUGAUGAACUGUUUGGAAAUCCAUAGCACAUGGAGAUGUUCAGUUUCAAUAUUUGUGGGGUCAAAAAAAAGGAAAGCAGGAUGAUGUCCAUCCUUGUUUCUUUGUUUUGUUUUUAAAGCUGUGCAAAGCUAGCUGAUCUGUGAAGGCAUAGAUGGAAUUUGAAGCAAUGACAAAAAGUCCUUGCCAACUUCCCACAGCAGUCUCCAUGCCAUAGUGUAUCUGCUGCAGGUCAGAAUGAGAGAGAGAGAGAGACUGAGAGAGAGAGAGAGAGAGAGAGAGAGAGAGAGAGAGAAAAGCUCAAAAAGUGCUGCUUUCUGCCUACGGGCCACAGAAAGUGCCAGGCAGUUCCCAUGUGCCAAAGCACUGGCUGUCCUAUAACAAUGCACUUUCUAUGCAGUUCUCUGAGAGCUGUUGUAGUUUUCAGGAUACAGCACGGGCAGCUUCUGAGAUAAAGCAGGAGAGUCAAAGCUAGGCGACUGUACAAGUGACAAACACAAAGAUCUUAACUCUGAAUUUAAUAAAUACCAAGCUUUUCCAUGCAAUGUGUGUAAUCUGAUAGAGAAUUACAGGUUGUUUGAAUGUGGUGAUGACAAUGAUAUCAGGGCUGAACGAGUUCAGUCAGUGCCCUAUCAAUGCUUCUCAAGGUGAAUGAUGGAUUCUAGUGAAAGAGUUUAUCUUUUCUCUAUUGUCCAUUUCCUGCAUAAUCAAGUGAUUCCUGACUCAUUAUCUUUAAGUAUGAGGAAAAACACAGCGUAGGACAAGCAAGAUUGUAUAAUAACUGUAUUACUCACUGGCUGCUUCCAAAGAUAGUGAUGCAAUACAAAAGUAAUUGGAAAAAAGGGAGAUAGGCCUAAGGAAAUGAAAACAUUGAUAUUGAGUGUGUCCUUUUUCUGAAUAUACAGGAUCAAGUGAGGUUGGGCUAUACAAACUGUUGGCUUGAUCUUCCAAAGAUGUUAGGAGAAUCAAGGAACAACUGCUCUAAAGAUCACACAGAGAGGGGCCAAUAAUUGUAAAGCACCCUUGACAGAUUGAGAGUGAGUUUAUGGUUUCUGUUCUUCAAACACAUGUCCUCUUUUCUACACGUCCUACUUCCUACAAGCCCUAAGCUCUUGAAAGUGACUAACCUGAUCAAUGAAAAACAAAUUUAAAAAAUUAAAAAUCCAUUAAUGUAAUUUUUAGUAGCAGUUGUAUAUAAGCAUAUGACAUUGCAAAUAUUUUUUCAUAGAGUUGUGCAAUUUGAAGGACUAAAAUUUAACUGCAAUUCUUUUAGGUCCUUUUAAGAGUUUAGAUUGGCAUUAUUUGUAACAUUGGAAAUUGAAUGUGUGACCACCUAUCUGUAUGUUGAACAUGGGGUUCAUGUUAAAUACAUCCACAUCCAGAGCAUUCUCAGGGUCUGAUUUAUAUGUUUCUCUUACAUACAGUUUUCCAUCUAAGCUAAUUUGUUUUUAGAGAUAACAUUUUUUGGUAGAGUAGCAGCAGACAGUGAGGGGACUUUGCUAUUUCUGCAGCCAUUCAUUCUCUGGUUCAUGACAUUUUCUGAUUGUAUCUCUUACACAUUUCCAGGAUAAGAUUACCAGGCAUAUUGGAAGAAAUGUUUUAAAAGCAUGUAGAGAAGCACUGAACACCUCAUUUAUCCAUAAUUUUCCUUUUCUAGAAACAGCUUUUCCUGAAAAAUGAAGGAGGGGCAGGGUUUUAGUUACGUGUUAUACUUAAAGUAUUUUUAGCCCAUCAGACACUUUGGGUUGGGAUAUAAGAUUUAAAUGGCAUGGGUGUAAAAUUUCUGUAUACAGUCUGGCGUAUAGCCUACUGAAAUUAUUGGCAGAUUUUUUUUGCUGAUUCUCAUGAGAGUUAAUUUCUUGUCAGUACUAAAAUAUAGAUUGACCAAUGCAUUUCCACGUUGGUAGAUUUGACAUUUGGCCAAAAAAAAAUUGUGUACUUAUAACAAAUAAAUUUUAUCAUGCACCCAGUGCACAGUGUGCCAAUCUGAGUUCUGAUCAUAGCACAUACAUAAGAGUGCAUGCAAAGAAUCAAAGAAGUUUUAAUCCACGCAUUUAUUAAAUUUAUUUAAUACAACUAUACCAUACUCAGAUGAAAGAGAGAAAAGAAAUGAAGAGUUUGUGUGCUACAGCAGUCAGAUGAAGCUGAAAAAUGUGACCAGUUAAGUAUGCAAAAAUUAGGAAAGAAGUCAAGUGAAUUAUCAUCUGCCUCCAAAAUAAAAUUAUUCUUUCCUGGGAAGAUUGAUAAGAGAGGACUUAUGGUGCAAUCCUAUGUAUGUUUAUUCAGAAAUAGGUUCCAUUGUCUUUGAGCUAAACCCAGAUAAGGGGCUAUAGGAUUUCAACAUUAAAACAUGAGUUUCAUGUAUACAGAUUCCAGUAAGUUCCAUUUUAUUAGAAUAAUAGAAAAAUUAACUUUGCGUCUGAUAAUGCACUCAUAAAAAGUUUAUUAUAUUUGUAAAUUUUCCUCCAAAUCCUUUAAACUGGGACCAAGUAAUAAAAAAUACUGUUUAAUAUUGGGGGAGGGCUCUUUUUAACUAUGGUGCUGGUGUACAUGAAAUGGGUUUUUUUUAAAAAAAUAUUUGUAAAUAUGUUUUUACAAUCUGCUGAUAUCACUGGGUCUAGUCUGUAAAAUAGAAACAUAUAAAUAAAUAUUGUAUUAUAUUAUGCUAUAUAUAUGUGUUUAUAAAUAUAUAUAUACAUGCACACACAACAUGCAAACAGACAUAUAUAUGUAAUACGUUUGUUUAAAAUAGAAUUUUAUUUCAUAUUCAUUUAUCUAUACUGCAGUGAUAACUGCACUUCAGAUGUCCUAUUAUCAGUUUGUACUGUAUCCUAGCCAGCAACUUGUUCCAUUUUAUUCAAACUUUUUCUAAUUUACUUUUUUUUCAUUUUUCACAUUAAAUGUUGCUUAUUUCAUUUUGAUAAUUGUACAGAACUCUUAAAAUGUAGAAAUGGACUAAUAUACCAAUUUUAAGGGGAAAAAAAAUAAAAGAUUGUUAUCUGAAUCA